ACGAAUUUGACUGUACUGGGCGGGAAAGAGCUUUGGCGGAUUGCCCGGUUAAAAACAGACAGGAUCAAUUUUGUGAUCACGGUUUGGUAGCUGCAGUCAUAUGCGAUAAUACUCCAUAUAUUCGCCUCCAUAACGGAAUUCAUUUUUAUGAAGGAAACAUAGAGUUGUAUUAUGAAGGAAAGUGGGGCUACGUUUGUGUAAAUGGGUUGAGCUGGGAACAUAUGACUGUUGUAUGCCGACAGUUGGGAUACGAUACGUGUUUGAAUUUAUGGCAAUUCCCAGCUCUAUUAGGAGGAUCAAAACGUGUAUUUUCGAUUGAUUGUAAUGGAUCCCAACUCUCACUGCAGAACUGUUCAAUAAAGAACUCGUCUCACUGCGAUGAAUUAAGAGCCAUCCGCUGCUCUACAGUAAAGCUGAUUGGGGGAUAUACAGAGUCAGAAGGCACGGUUCAGAUAUGGGACAAGUAAGUGCAACAGUGAAUACGCAAUGCAUUCCUCAUUUCGUGGUAUUCGUUUUCCUGGAAUACAAUUAUUUAGUAACCAAUGGUGGACAAUUUGCGACACAGACUGGGAUGAUAAUGAUGGAAUGGUUGUUUGCAAACAGCUCGGUUAUCCUUUUGCUUUAAAAUCUCGCACCAACUCUUUCUAUGGUGAAAGGACUAGACCUAUUGGGCUAGGUCACUUCAAAUGUUCCGGUAGUGAAUCACGUCUCGAAGACUGCAUAUUUAAAGCCUCGACACAAGCAAAUUGUAGUCACAAUGGAGUAGCCGGAGUCAAGUGUGGUCAUCAACAUGUCCGGCUUAACGCAAAACAUUUAAAUACUGGAACAGCGCAGGUUUAUUUUAACAACCAAUGGUGGUCAUACUUUGGACAGUUCAACUCAGUCGUUGCAGAUGUGUUUUGUCGUCAUUUGGGAUACACAUAUUCUUUAUCUUACAAUAGGAAAGUUACGGUCGAACGUCGUCAUUCAGUGUUAUUUAUUUGCCCUACAUCCGAGAGCCUACUAGAGAAAUGUUCUCACGAGGCGUCGUCAAGAUUAGGAUAUCAAUAUAAUAUCACAUGCUAUGAAAACGAUAUUCGUUUAAGCAGUGGCGAAAGCAAACAAGAGGGCAGGGUGGAAGUGAAAGUUGACGGAACGUGGGGCACCGUUUGUCAUUAUGGAUGGGGCCGUAACGAUGCCAUUGUAGCAUGUCGUCAGAUGGGGUUUGAAGGAGAGUCACAUGCACGAAUGGGAAAUUUCUUCGAAGGGGGAUUCGGUCCCAUAAAACUUUCACACGUCAGAUGUAAUGGAUCUGAAGACAGGUUGCAAAGUUGUGUGUCCGACAGGAAGCACGUUCAAGCUUGUUUCCACUCUGAAGAUGCAGGAGUUACUUGUAAAGGAGAAAGCGUGCGCCUCCUCGGUGGCGAUGUCGUGCACGAAGGAAGAGUAGAAGUAUACCGUCGUCAUAGAUGGGGAACGGUUUGCAAUGAUACAUGGAACUUGAAAAGCGCAAUGGUUGUAUGUCGUCAGCUGGGAUAUGAUGGAGUUUCAAAUUUUCGUUCGAACGCCCGCUACGGAAGAGGAUGGUUACAUCAAAAUUUUAUAAUUAAUUGUACUGGAUUAGAGAAAAGUAUUCGGCAGUGUUGGUCUUUGCCUUCCCAAGGAGUCAAAGACUGUAGAAAUGGGAAAGAAGCAGGAGUUCGUUGUUCAAGCGUGAGAAUUGUUGGCGGACCGACGUCAGCAGAAGGGACGGUUGAGAUAAAAUACAAAAACGAUUGGUGGGCUAUUUGUGGUCAAAACUGGAACAUUGCUCUUGCUCACAUUGCGUGCAAAGAAUUGGGUUACCCGAAAGCUGUUGAAUCUUUCACUAAUUAUUUCUACAAAGGAGAAAAUAUAUCUCAUUGGGCAAGUGAAUUUAAUUGUACCGGAAUAAAAUCUUCGUUGGUAGAAUGCUCGUUCAAAGAACGAAACAAGGAAUAUUGUGGUGGAGAUAAUGGACUAGCAGGAGUUAAAUGCGGUGAGUUUCUCGUUUUAUGCAAUCAAAACAGACGGUAUCGGGUGCGCUAUAUUGCUCAGUUAACAAGCUCAUAG